UCUGGUCCCUGGUCCACAGGUCUGCUCCCUGUGAGGGACGCAGCAGUGAUUCCUGUGUCAUGUGACUCCAUCUACAAGAGCUUCGCUCAGUGUUUGCUGACACUCGGCGACAGUUUGGCAACAGACACCCAGAAAGACCAGAACACACAAGACAUCGACGCCAUCUGCAGGUCCUGGAACACGUUCCAUGUUUGCGCCAACUCAGCGCUGACCGGCUGUCCAGGAGAGGCAGCAGCGGUCUGGGAGUCUCUCAGAAAAGAGUCCCGAAAGGCGGAGUUUUCCGGAAACCUUUACGACGUGUGUGCCAGCCGCACGACCCUACCGCCAAGCACGGUGCCUGCGCCCGCCAGCCCCCCCACGUCUGACAUGACCAACCAGGAAACACUGAAGGGACACACACACACGCCCCGCCUCCACCCUGGUACACUGUGGUUUCCUGUCUGCAGCACACUGCUGUUCUUAACCAGGCCGUAGUCAGGGUGAUGUUCAGUCGGACAGCCGUAGGAAAACCGUGAGACGGGGCCUAAACAUUAAAGUUGAGUUUAUUUAUAAGUUAAAUUUCCUAAAGGAACAAAAACCCUUGUUUUCCCACAAUCUUUUUUUUUUGCAGUUGAGAAGCGAUUUAAUGGUUUAAUACGAAUGGCUUUCUUGUAAAGUUUAGUUUGAUCUUCUUUCUAUCAAUAUUUUGGAUUUUUACUAA